UUUAAUAAUUUUGUAAUUCGUAUUAUUAGAAUACAAAAUGUCUGAUGAAACUGAUGAUGAACUCUUUGAGAUAACAGAUUUUACUAAUGCCUCCCCGUGGGAAAGUUUUGUCUCCACCAUUGAAGACAUAUUGCAACAGUGGGGCCUCACUGCAUCCACUUAUUCAGCAGAUUCUGGUUAUUGGCCACAGCAUAGGAAGUCAGAGAAGCUCUCUUAUGUUGGACAUAAUUUCAUUGUUAGCCUCCACGUGUCUGGUGAGAAGAAAUGACCGAUACCCAAACAAUGAGGUGAUUGGUGGUAGUGGACUAGUGGGUG